AUGUCGGUUGCGACUGCUGAUUUGGCUGUUAUUGAACAAGCGAGGACUGGACUGGACCCAUCUGGUGAGAAGAUCGAUGUUGAUACUUUGGAUCAAGUUGUGAUGAUCAUGAACAAAGGAGUGGGAGAGAACCAGCGAGCGGCUUCAGAACUUCUCAGUGCCUUCAAGACCGAUGCACGGUCUUGGACUAAAGUUGACGCUAUUCUGGAGUACUCGAAGCAUGUCGAAACGAAGUACUUCGGACUUCAGAUUCUGGAACAGCUCAUUCAGACCAGAUGGAAGAGUUUGCCAAGGGAUCAGUGUGAAGGAAUCAAGGGCUACAUCGUGUCGAAGAUUUUGGAGAUUAGCUCAAACGAAAUUACUGAUGAUGGUCUUCGUCUGUUACUCCAGAAGUUUAACCUGGUGUUAGUUCAAGUAAGUAUUAUCUGAUUACUUCUCCUAUCGUUUUUUCUUAAAAAUUCAUACAUUUUAGGUCUUUUUUAUGAUUUUGUAAUAUUUAUUUUCUUUUCUGCUUUCAGAUUGUAAAGUUUGAAUGGCCAAGGCACUGGCCCAGCUUUAUCAUGGAUAUUGUGGGAUCGUCGAGGAACUCUCAAUACAUUUGCAUGAAUAACAUGGAGAUUCUACGUUUGCUCAGCGAAGAAGUAUUCGACUUUGACACAAACUUGACCACUUCAAAGGCCGCCUUCCUUAAACAGGAGUUUUGUUCACAGUUCCAAGCUGUUCACAACCUGUGUCUGGAGAUCCUACAGUCUUCAGACAACGCCGAUCUUGUCUACUCAACGUUGAGGACGCUGCAUGGAUUCUUAUCAUGGGCUCCGGUUGGAUUUAUCUUCGAGAACAGCUUGAUUGAGCUCAUAACUGGAAGAGUAAGUUUUUUUUGAAGUAAAUUUGAGUAGCUUUAGAUUUAAUGUUUUUAUAUGCGAUUACUCUUUGUAUAUGCGUUUUUGAUGGGAUUAUUUUCAGUUUAUGCCGUUCCCAACGUUCCGAUCGUUAUGUGUCCAGUGUUUGAUUGAAAUAUCUGGAAUCGACAUUUCUUCGGAUCCCAAGUAUGGUGUGAGGUUGGAUGUUAUGUUCAAGAACGUGAUGAGUGUAUUGUCAGAUCAGAUUCCAAUCGAAACAGACAUCGCCGAGUCUUAUGCUCGCGGUCAGAAUGCGGACCAACAGCUGAUCUCCAACUUGUCCCUCUUUUUGGCAACGUACUUGAGAAAACACUCGUCCAUCUGCGAGAUCUUGGAGGCUUCACCUGUCGAUUCUAGAGCCGAGACUAAGGCGGCGCACGCUUUGGCGUUGAAGUAAGCUUUUCAUGUUUAUUUUUGUUUUUAGGCGCAUGAAUGUUACUGUAAAGAUAUUAUAUCACAUAAUGUUUGUUUUUUUAAAAUAUACUUAUUUUUUGUUUUAGGUAUUUGUUAAAGAUCAGUGAAGUCGAAGACACUGAAGUGUUUAAGAUUACGCUGGACUAUUGGAACUGGUUGUGUGCCGAACUCUUCAGAGAAUCUCCUUUCGAAGCCAUGCAAGCCAGCCUUCUGGACGCACUGAGAGUGAUGAGGGACAACUCCAAUGAGAACCCGCGACGUCAACUGUAUUCCGGAGUUCUGUCUGACCUCAGGAUGUUGAUGAUAUCGAGAAUGGCCAAGCCAGAAGAAGUGAUUGUAGUUGUUAACGAGAACAAUGAAGCCGUCAGAGAACUGGUCAAGGAUACGGACUCAAUUGUGUUGUACAAGACGAUGAGAGAAACGCUGGUAUUCUUGACUCAUUUGGACUACAGAGACACGGAAAACAAGAUGAUAGAGAAGUUACAUCAACAAGUAAAUGGUAACGAAUUUUCGUGGAAGAAUCUCAAUACAUUGUGCUGGGCCAUUGGAAGUAUCUCUGGAGCGAUGCGUGAGGAAGAUGAGCGUCGGUUCUUGGUCACAGUUAUCAGAGAUUUACUCGGCUUGUGCGAACAGAAAAGAGGCAAGAACAACAAGGCGGUGAUCGCAUCUAACAUAAUGUACGUUGUUGGACAGUACCCGAGAUUCCUCAGAGCGCACUGGAGGUUCUUGAAGACCGUCAUCAAUAAAUUGUUUGAAUUUAUGCACGAGUCUCACGAAGGCGUUCAGGUAGGUCUUUCUUUUAGUUUUUUUUUUCAUCUAAUUCAAUUUAAAUAGAAAAAUCUUGGGUUUUCAAACUUAUAAAACGAUUUUUUCAGGACAUGGCCUGUGACACAUUCAUUAAGAUUGUGGUCAAAUGCCGAACCCACUUCACAUGCGUUCAAAGCGGGGAGAACCAAGCUUUUGUGGAUGAAAUCUUGAUGAAUUUGAAUACCAUCAUCUGUGAUCUGUCCCAGCCUCAGGUCCAUGUUUUCUACGAAGCUAUGGGACAUAUCAUCUGCAGCGAAUCCGACGAGCAGAACCAGAUCAGACUGAUCGAAAGUCUGAUGUCAGUACCGAACAGGAUCUGGGCCGAGAUUGUGGAGACAUCCAAUGCCAACCCUCAACUUUUGUACGAUCAAGACCUUCUCCGCAACCUGAUUCAUAUUCUGAAGUCGAAUGUGGCGGCGUGCAAGUCGAUCGGCGCUCCAUUCUUCUCUCAAAUGAACCAGAUAUUCAUGGAGGUGGUCUCCAUGUACAAACUCAUCUCCACCACCAUCUGUGGCCUGGUCCAGGAACAAGGACCAGAAGUCUUGAAGCAGCCGAUCGUGAAGCUGAUGAGAGCAGUUAAAAGAGAGUCUCUCACUUUGACGUCUACGUGGAUUGCUCGAACCAACGUCUGUAGAAUCGAAGACCUGAGGAAGCUGGCUUCUGCCAAUGGUCAAGACAUUAUGAAGAGGAUGUGUGAUCUUGUGGUACCAGCCAUCUUCGAAGUUGUUUUGGAAGAUUAUAAGAACGGUGUUCCGGACUCAAGGGAACCAAAAGUUUUGUCGUUGUUGUCGAUCACCAUCGUUGUUUUCAACGUAAGUUUUGUUGUCUACUUAUUUUUAUUGUUUGUUUUACUGGGUAAUUGGAGUAUACAUGUUUUUGUGAUUUCAGGACAAGUUCGCGGGCUAUUUGGAGAAAAUGAUGGAGAUUGUGUUUGUGCCCACUUUGGAAAUGAUUCAGGCGGAGACCUCACAUUACCCUGAACAUCGUGUCAACUUCUUCCAGAUGAUUCAGUCUGCUACGACUUCGUGCUUCGACAUCGUGAUCCAAUUACCAGAGAAAAUGCUGGGUCUUAUUGUGCAGUCCUUGCUUUGGGCCCUUCAACAUACCAUCAGAACCGUAGCCGAGAUUGGCAUCCAAAUGAUCACGGAGUUCGUCAAACGUCUCCGAGAAUACCCCAACAACAGCGUUAGACAACAAUUCUACAGCAGGUAUUUCAUGGAGAUGUUGAACCACGUGAUGGGAGUAGUCACCGACCAUAAUCAAGUUCAAUUUGUCGGCCUGGCCAACCUUUCCGAAGCCGUUUGUCAGUUGUUCAUAUGUGCAGAGAGCGACAUCAAAGUAAACCUAUCAGAAUCUCAGAACAAUGUCGAAUACGUGGCCGAUAGCAUGGCCCAGAUCUUACAAACUCACUUCAGCAACUUAAAUGCGUAAGUGUUACUUGAGUAUUAUUUUUUCUAUAAUGUUAGGUAUUGAAUAAUGUAUCGCAUACUGUAUUUAUGUUUUAGGGACCAAGUUCGUGUAGCCAUCAAGGGAUUCUUUUCCUACAAUCGUGUCCAGACCAAGAUGCGAGACCAUAUCAGAGACUUUUUGAUUCAGAUCAAGGUAAGCUGACACUUUGACAACUGAUAUUUGCUGUUUAGGAAGAUGCUGGAGCUGACACAGCUGAUCUGUUCUUGGAAGACAAAGAGAAGGAAAUACAGAGAAUGCAGCAGGAGAAGAAUAUGGUGCCCGGAAUCCAGAACCCGCACGAAGUGGACGAAGAAAUGGCCUGA